GCGGGAGAUUUUUAACGUGUCUUUAAUGUUGGAGAAUUGAGUUUAGGAAGUUUUUAAUAUUCGUUGCCUGUUUUCAAACGUUGUAUUAAAAGAAGAUCAACAGUCAAAAUGCAGUUUAUUGGAAGAAGACGUCGACCAUUACGUCUCACUGGUGAUAGAAAUGAACAAUUAUAUCAACAUGUUUUGCAGUUUUAUACAAUUCCACCAAUUGGAAAUAUUUCUUUGAAGGAAUUUGAAGAUUUUGCUAUUCAAAGACUACAAUUAUUGUGCGUCAUUGAAAGAGUUGGUUUAAAACACAUGAAAUCCUCAGAAGAUUAUAGAGUAGCAUUAAUAAAUGAGUUGAAAAAAAAGAAACUCGAUAAAAAUAUUAAAAGGAAUGUAGAGAUUGAAGACAUGACAAAUACUUUAUAUGAUGAACGUCAAAAAGAUCACAUUUCACAUUUUAUUUUACGUCUAGCUUAUUGCCGAACAGAACAGCAGCGGCGAUGGUUUAUCAAUCAAGAAGUGGAUCUGUUUAAAUUUCGUUUAAAUAAUGAAACUACUGACAGCUUCAAAAAUUUCUUAAAAUUAAACAAUUUGGAUUAUCAGUAGGUUCACUUCACUGAAGUUCUUGAUUUGGUUCAAUGCAGGAAGACAUAUUUGAGAAAAGGAUAUGCCUAUAUACCAUCAAUUGAUUUAACUACUAUCAUUGUAAAUAUAUUUAGAAUGAAGUUGUCUCAAGCAUUAGCUUCUAUGGCACGUUCCUUACCUGAAUUAGAAGAGGAUGGACGAUUACUAAAUAUGUUGAAAAAUCUUGCACAGCAGUAUUUAGAAAGUGAUUAUAAUACUUCAAAAACACAGAAUUCUGAUUCAAUAACACCUGAUAUGAUUGAUAAACUUGCAGAUACAUCCUUUCCAUUAUGCAUGAAAAACUUGCAUAAGAACCUGCGUCAGAAUCAUCAUUUGCGUCAUGGUGGACGUAUGCAAUAUGGACUUUUUUUGAAAGCUAUUGGUUUGAGUUUAGAAAAUGCAUUAUUGUUUUGGAAAAAAGAAUUCACUAAAAUUAUGGAUUCAGAUAAGUUUGAUAAAAAUUAUGCGUACAAUAUUAGGCAUAACUAUGGAAAAGAAGGGAAGAGAGCUAAUUAUACUCCAUACAGCUGCACAAAAAUAAUUAUAUCAAAUCAGCCUGGAGCUGGAGAUUGUCAUGGUUGUCCUUUUAAACACGCUGAUAUUUCUGUUCUGACUGAAAAAUUGAAAAGUAGUUCCAUUAAUCAACAAAAUGUACAAGAGAUUAAAGAUUUAGUGAGUAAAGGACAUUAUCAAAGUGCUUGUACAAGAUAUUUUGAAUUAAUUCAUAAAACAAGUGUGGACCAGGUCAUUAGUCAUCCAAAUCAGUAUUUUGAAGAAAGCCAGAAAAUAUUGAAAGGUCAUGUUGUAAAAGAAGAAACUACAAAAAUUACAACUAUUAAAUCUCAAGUAUUUGCAAAUGAUGAGGAUGAACAAUGGAAUAAUGAAGACAAUUUUCCAUCAAAUCAAGAAAUGGAAGAAAUUUUGAAAUCACUUCCCUAAAACCUGUUGUACUGUACAUAAAACAAAGCACUUUUAUAUUUAUUAAAUGUAUUUUUAAAAUUAAAGAUUUU